AUGGCGGUAUGUGAGGACCUCAGCCAGUGGACUGUCCUCCUGCGGUCCUCUACCGUUUGUGCUCCACGAAUAGACAAUAUUUUUUUCAUCAUACAAGCUACAGAACAUAAAGUGGGCUCUCCUUCUCAUCGGCCGUCCAAUAAGAAAGUGCUGAAGUUGUCCGACUGCUGUGUCCCUGUGGCGUGUUGCCCUGGCCAGCCGUUCAGGGCAGUCGCUCGAGCCAGCGUGGAGAGCUACAGCCAGCUCGGGAUAGCUUUCAUAGAAGAUCGCCUCCAGCUGGACAAUGGACUUACGCCCUCAAAGAUAGUCCCUGUCCUCCUGCCAGAAUCCACUCUGAGUGCACUGCUGGACCAGCAGCGUCCACAGAGCCCACGGGCACAGUCGUCACUGCUUCCCUGCAGCACUGGAGAGCCCAUAGCUCGCCACCAUCAUCUGCAGUGCCGUAAAGGCAGCUUCCUUCUCAUCCCAGAGGUAAAGAGGAGGUUAGAGGACCGGCGAGGGUCAGAGCCGCUCCGCAGCUCCCAGGAUUUGGAAUCUCUCGGCGACUUGGAGGAACACUCCCUGGGGAAUCAUCACCACAUGGAGGGCCACGGACACCACCUGCAUCUGUCCAGCUGCCACGAAUGUCUGGAACUGGAGAACAGUACUAUACUCUCUGUCAAAUAUGCCUCCGCUGAGAAUAUUCCAGACCUACCGGAUGAUAACUCUGUUGGAAACGAGUGUCUCGAUGAACUUGAAAAUGAUUCCCGAGGGUUUUUUGGUCAAAGCGGUGGCAAACUCCCAAAUGUUCUCGUCUACACGGGGGGCUGUCAGGAACGUUUUCAGACAGUUCGCCAGCUUUUAUCAGAAUGUAUAAACACGGAAAGUAACAUCAUCUAUCCGCUCCAGCCAGAGCAGGCGCUGAAUGAUCCCUGGCUGGAAAACACAAGACUCCUGGUACUGGCAGAAGAGGAAACCCUAAGUCCCCAGCUUCAGACCCGCUUUCUCACCUACCUGAGCCAGGGGGGCAAGGUCCUCGGGCUCGCCUCUUCUCUGUGCCCUGCAGGACUCUGCCUGGAAGUCAGGCAGAGCCAGUGCAUGCAGGUCAACAAGCUGAAUUUCACCAAGGAAGACAGCACAGAGCUGAAUCUGAGUAUACUGGCGAGUGGGAAAGUCUACAUCAGGGAUCCUCGGGGGGGAGGAGAAGUUGAACUGUGGGGGGAGCUGAAAGGGGAUGUCCCCCAUAAGGAUAUGGUUAUUGUACGACUGACCCACGGAGGGGACAGUGGAGAAGCUGUCCUUUGUCAGGUCCACUUUGAAAUUGCUCCCGACUCUCAGAAUUUGCCAUUGGACGCUUUUGAUGAGCUGAAGGUCAACAAUGCGUCGCGGUAUGAAGUCUUGACAGAAAUCCUCACUUCUCUAGGCCUCAAAUGUGAACCAAGUCAGACUCCAAGUCCAAGUGCGGUACACCUGCUCGCGACCUCUCAGGAGGCCAAGGCCAGAUUCCUGAAAUGGGUCCAGGCGCAUGCAGAACACAACGGUGUCCUUACGUUGUCCAAGGCCUCCCUCGUCGUGAUGUCUGGUUCAGACCUUCAGGAUGCUCUUUUGCUGCCUAAAGGCUCUGUGGCCCUGCUCACUGAUGAGCCUGUGUUACUGACCCAUAUAUGCCUACAGUAUGGUGUGGAGCAGGCUAAAUCGAGACUCAUCACACCACAUGAGUUGUUGCCACGACCCCAGGGUCCAGUCUCUAUGCGUCCCAGCAAACUGAAAUUUGUUUCCAAUAAGUCUGACUGA